GUUAGCUGUAGCAGAUUAAAUUUAAGUUCUUGAUCAAUCAGUGGAUCGACCUAAAAUUGUUAACAUGUGGCAGCAGCUGGUGGCGUCGAUCGAUCGCGGUCUCGUCUUGUCGGUGUCGUCUCUCCUGAUCAUUAGCAGAGGCGUGCGCGCCGUGUCUCGCGCGCUCGUUCGCCUCGCGCUCCUCCUCGUGCACGUCGUCGACGAGGAUGACGACUAUCGCUACUGCGCGGCCGAUGCUGGCGACGACGGCGUCGUCCAGCCUCCGCGGCUGCGUUGUUGCGAGCGGUGCGCUGCGGCGCCGUGGCUGUCGCGCCACGACGUCGCGGCGGUCGUGGCGAGCCUCGGCCUGGUCGCCGCCGACGAGGAUGAUGAGGAAGGCGAUCAUCAGGCGCCGUGCGGCGCGUGCGAGGCGGUGGCGGCGGUGGAGAAGCUGGCGGAGAGCAAGGUGGCCGGGGAAGGCGAGCUGCGGGAGGCGUUCCGCGUGUUCGACCGCGACGGGGACGGGUACGUGAGCGCGGCGGAGCUGCGGAGCGUGCUGCGGAGGCUGGGCAUGGAGGAGGGCGCGCGGCACGGCGACUGCGUCAGGAUGAUCGCGGCGCACGACGGCGACGGCGACGGCCGGAUCAGCUUCCAAGAGUUCAGGGCCAUGAUGGAGAACGCGGCUUAGAAGACACACCAACCAACCAGCUAGACAACCGGAGUUCACACGUACGGCGUAUUGGAUUAGUGUAUAAUUAAGUCAGUACCGCUUGAUUCAUCUUGUCGAAAAAUGUUGGCAGGUGACUUUGAUAGUCAGUACUCCAUACCAUUUUGUUGAGUUCCAUA